GCGGUAUAAAUAGGUGCCGCAAAAAAAGGAGCGGAGAAACAGGUGCCUCCUAACGCAUAACGCGCAGAACUGAAGAAAGCUCCAUCAUCUGCUUUACUUAACCCCAGCUCACUAUACGUAAAUGUGCGCCAUGGAGUACAACAACCGUGUAGAGAUGAACGGCGUGACAGACCUGGUCUGCUAUAACGGAUAUAACAAUGACAGCUCCACUCAGCAGAUGAAGAAGGUCGAAGAGAAUCGAGGAAAAGCGGAGGAGCGGCGAGUGGUGGCCAUGCAGUCAGCCUUCACCAACAUCCUGAGCUCUCUGGGAGAAGACACCGAGCGUGAAGGACUGCUCAAAACUCCUCUCCGAGCCGCCAAAGCCAUGCAGUUCCUCACCAAGGGCUACCAACAAUCCAUCCACGAUAUUCUUAAUAAUGCCAUUUUCAAUGAAGAUCAUGACGAGAUUGUUAUAGUGAAGGACAUUGAAAUGUUCUCGCUAUGUGAACAUCACCUAGUACCGUUCUUCGGCAAGGUCCACAUAGGAUAUUUGCCAAAUAAGAAAGUAGUUGGCCUUAGUAAACUUGCCAGGAUUGUAGAAAUCUACAGCCGCAGGCUGCAAGUGCAAGAGCGUCUGUCGAAACAAAUUGCCACAGCCAUCUUUGAAGCCUUGAAGCCAGCAGGAGUAGCAGUAAUCAUCGAAGCAGCUCACAUGUGCAUGGUCAUGCGUGGUGUGCAGAAGAUUAACAGUCACACUGUGACCAGUACCAUGCUCGGAGUAUUUAGAGAGGAUCCGAAGACUCGUGAGGAGUUUCUGGCCCUGAUUAGGAGCUAGUUUGAGUCCCACCGCAUCUAUCAGUCUCAUUUUAACAUGAAUCACCAGCAAAUUGGAUUCACAUCUAACUGGGAAAAAGCAUCACAUUCUUAUACUAUCCACACAGCCAAAAUUUAAGGAAUUUUAAUUUAAUACAUGCAAUGAAUCAAUACUUUUUAAUUAUAGCAUACUGUCAUUUGGUGUACUUUUUUUUUGGACAGUGGAACUUGACCAGCUGAGCUGGACUCAUGUCUGGUUAAUGUUCAUGCACAGGCUAAUCUGGCCAUCUGGUAGACAAAUAUAGACAAAGAGGCAAUUAUUUUAUUAUUUACUACAGAACCUUAUGCAUUCAGGAAAGUUUUUAAACAAAAUCUAAUUUUAGCUUAAAAAAAAAUAAUGACAUCUUUUUUUUUCUUCCAAUAACUACAACAAAGCAAUUGUAUGAAUAUCUGAAUUUAUAUCUAAACAAAUAUUUAAUUAAGUCAAGUCUUAUGCUUUUUGUCCGGCUGAUAUUUAUUGGAUCUCUACUGUUAAUGUAUGCACAUCCAUAUUCAGUGUUUUAUUUGUACUAGAUUGUGUCUGAUUCGUUGGUUUUCUUGUAAAAUCAAAUAAAAACAUUUUGUGAAAACGUAUUUCUAUUUCUUGUAUAUCGGACAUUUUGCACUAUAAAUUUCUUCAUUUUCAGACUCACAUGCAGGUUUUGUUGAAUUUGCUUCGUCUGAUCAAUUAAAGAGUAAAUAUAUGAUUAAGCUGUUUGUUGAGUGCAAUACCAAUUAUACCAUGGUCUGCCUAAAUGUUUGAUUCUGAUUGGCUGGAGACAGCAUCCUCAGCAGAGUGACGUCCUCAGCGGGGAAGAGAAGUAGAACAUUCUCAGCAGGGCAGGAAGGCAGAGCGACAUUAGCAGAAGGGCAGGGAAGAAGAGCUAAAUCUUCAGUGGGGAAUGGAGGCAGAUCGGCAUCUUCUGCAGCAACCACCUCAGCAGAGCAAGGAGUCAAAGCAUCAUAUUCAGCAGGGCUGGGAGGCAAAACAAAGUCCUCAGCAGAGAUAGGAGGUAGACAGAUGCCCCCAGUUGGAAAGGAAGGCGCAUAGCAUAGACUGACUCAAGGUCAGGGUUCCCAGAUUCCUAGGGUUUCCAGUCCUGUAAGGCCAGGGCAGAUGGUGAAAACACAUCUAAUAGUCAAUGACUAAAUGAUGGACUGAAAAUAUAGAGAGAGUAAAUUGUACUGGCACCCCAAGUUUGAAAUUUAUUCAUUAUUAAUUUAUGGAAUGAAUCCUACACAUUUAAACACACUCCUAGCUGCAUACUUUAUAGGUGGAAGAAAAAUAGAAAAAACAGAGAAACUGGAGCUGAUGUAAAACUCCACAGACAAUGAGCUAGAGCUUUGCAGCAAAGAGAUAUUUAAAAUUAGUCAAUUGUCAAACAUGCCUGAAGGGGAUAAUACUAAAUAAUUUGCUUACCAGCAUUAUAAGCCUAAAAGCUGUUAGUAAUAUGACUUAAAAUUAAAAUCAAC